CAUCGUGCAUUAUCGAAACUUCUUUCGUUGCUCACUGGGCUAUCAGAAUUGGCACAAACAACCGGCAACGUUGGUAUUUACCGCCUCCGGCAUCUGUGAACGCUACAUGGUCUGACAACACAGUUGUCGUCCAUCAUUCAGCCUCGAUGUCUUCUUCAUUUUCGGCUGAAAUGAACGGAACCGUGUACUACGCUAUGGUGGGCUUGCGGGAGAAAUCCGGUUGCAAAAUCAUCGCGGAUUAUUCCGUGGAUCCAAAUCCGAUCUAUCGUACGAUCGCCCUUAGUACCGUCGACGACACGAGAACUACCGAGGAUGACAAGAUCAGCAUUGACAGAAGUAGAUACACGGUACACAUGUUGAUCGGGGAACUUUACUACGCCUGUUUGACAUCGAAAGUGGACUGCCCUUCAUCAGCAAUAUGGGUAGAAUCGUGCUGUCAAAUAUUUCUACAGAGACUACGGAGCGUGUAUAAAGAAUUACCGUUGGCGGGUCUAUCGAAAAAUCUGACCAAUCUCGCAGAAGACGAUCUCUCGAAGCCAUUGAAGAAAAUGAUUGAAGAAUAUAAUCAAGGUAACAGCUGUAAGAAUUUGACCUCAAAGCUGGAGGAAGAGUUGGUUGAGGUACGUCGCAUAUUGAUGAACGGGGUUCAAAAGUUGAUUGAUAGAGGCGAAAGGUUGGACGAAAUCAUCCGAAAGACGCAGAACCUCGAAAUUUCGUCGCGGGAUUUCCACGUAGUGUCAAGGACUCGGCAAAAGAGAAACAGUAGCCUGAAGAUAGCAAUCGUAACGUCAAGCUGUAUGUUCGUGUUAGUCGUAUUGUUCGUAGCCUUGAUAUAUUGGUUUGAAGUUUAUUGUAAUAAUUCUUAUACGCAUGGUACAUUAAUGACUACCCGAACUAACUAGAAAAUUAGAAAACCUUUUUACAUUGAGAGACAACAAUUUAAAAAUCAGUUCUAUUGGAAAAACUCGACAAGCCGCUUCCUAUAACAUAACUUCAUGCGAUUAUACUGUUAUUAUCAUCGUUGAAGCUAAAUUUGAAACAUGUUAUCAUUGAUAGAUAUAAUCUCGUUACUCUCUAUGUAAUCUACGCUGUUUUUCAACGAAAAAGGCGUGAAGAAAUUUAAUAUGUCAUCGAACUCAUGUGCCACGCGUGCAUGUGUGUUUGUGAUGUGCUACAAGAAACGUGUACAUAUAUGUAUGUAUAACAUACAUACAUAUAUAACAGUUUCCUUUUCACGAGAAUCAUUCGAGCCGUAAUGAAUUAAUUUAAUCUAAUCGAAUUCAACGUUGCGAAAAUCUACGUGUCCGUUAUGAAAGUUCAAGUAAUCCCUCAAAAAUAUAAAAUCUCACAGAAUAUAAAAUUAAAAAUUCAUUUCAUUAAAAAUAAAAAUGCCAAUAAUGCUAGAUUUUAGAAAUUUUGGAAUAAUAAUUAAAAAGAUGACAUUAAUUAAACGCAUUAAUAGCGUACUUCAAGUUAUUAUGUGUGUUUUCUGAUUCAUAACUUAAAUAAAUACUAUUAAAUAAUAGCAUUUGUCAUUAUACAUAAAAAGUAUAGGUCUAUAAGUAUCUUGUAAUCUUGACAAUAUUCUGGAAAAGUUUAGUGUUUAAAAACUUUUUACUAAAUGCAUAGUUUUAUACGAAAGCUUUUUAUAUGAGAUUUUAUAAAUAAAUGCAAUAUGUUUUUCUUUAGUAA